AAAGCGUGGGCUUCCCCCUAUUGGGUUCUCAGAUUCUCAAGCUUUUACAUUCAAACAAGCAGAGAAAAACUCCUUAGUUUUUGGGAUUCAGCAAGAAACCACAAAUGGCCACCAAAGUUUACAUUGUUUACUACAGUACUUAUGGGCAUGUUGAAACGCUUGCCAAGGAGAUUAAGAGAGGAGCCGACACUGUUGAAGGUGUCGAAGCUACUCUGUGGCAGGUGCCAGAAACACUUUCAGAAGAAAUUCUUGGGAAAAUGCACGCCCCACCAAAGAGUGACGUCCCUGUGAUUUCUCCCAAUCAGCUUCCUGAAGCCGACGGUUUCAUUUUCGGGUUCCCGACACGAUUCGGGAUGAUGGCUGCCCAGUUCAAGGCAUUCAUUGAUGCAACUGGCCAGCUUUGGGCCGGCCAGAAGCUCGCCGGCAAGCCUGCCGGCCUUUUCUUCUCCACCGGAUCUCAAGGAGGCGGUCAAGAGACUACCCCGUCAGUAUCUUUUUUUGUCAUUCUUUCUUCUUUUUUUAAUCAAAUUUCACAUGUUGGAUUCUUGCCAUAUGUUUUUUAAUACUUCCUCCCUCCAAAAAUUAAUGUCAAGUUUGUACUUUCACUUUUAAUUUAAUUUAUACUGAAAAUGAAAAUUCAAACCGAACAAUAUUUUUAGGAUGGAGGGAGUAAUUUGAACUGGGCAGAUUGGUUUUGAAAUAGACUAAUUCAUUCUUUAAUUGAUGAAAUGAUGAUUAAUAUUGUGAUGCAGAUUGACGGCAAUUACUCAGCUAACUCAUCAUGGUAUGAUUUUUGUCCCGAUUGGGGCGACUGCCGGACCGGUGAUGUUCGAGAGGGAAGAGAUCAGAGGAGGCAACGCGUAUGGUGCCGGGACUUUCGCCGGAGAUGGAACCAGGCAGCCGACUGAAAAGGAACUCGCCAUUGCUUUCCAUCAGGGCAAGUACAUUUCCGGCAUUAUCAAGAAGUUCAAAACAGGAUCUGCUUGAUUUAAUUCUACUGUUGAUGCAUCAUUUCUUCAACAUUGUUUACCGUUAAAAAUAAGAAAUAUUAUUCCUUUUGAAAUUGAAAUAGACAUUUGACAGUCUUUACACGCUUAUAUUUUUGUUUUGUAAUAGUCCUUCCGGUCAUAAUAUACUGCAAAUUAGUGUUACUUUUUCAAAGCUUAAUUGGUUUUAGUGUUUUACA